UGGUGGAAAGGAAAGAAAGAAGAAAGAAACAAAGAUGGAGUGCGCAGCGCAGUGAAAAGAAUCGAAAAUUUUUGAAAUCCGAAAAAGCCUUUCUCCCCCCCAAAUUUACCGCCAUUUUGUCUCCCCCAGAUCGGAAUAACCCAAACAAAGCAUUAAAUUAGAAGGACAACUUCGCAUUCCACCAAUCCCAUUCAUCGUCUCUCCAGUUUCCUCCCAACUUCUCAGGUGGUAAAAUAUGGCCGGAAAGGGUGGAAAGGGGCUGGUGGCUGGGAAGACAACAGCAGCGGCUAACAAAGACAAGGACAAGGGCAAAAAGGUUCCUGUUUCUAAAUCUUCUCGAGCUGGUCUCCAGUUCCCAGUAGGUCGAAUCCACCGCCACCUGAAGUCAAGGACUGCUGCUCACGGGCGAGUUGGUGCCACGGCUGCUGUGUACUCAGCUGCAAUUCUUGAAUAUCUGACAGCUGAAGUACUCGAGCUGGCUGGAAACGCAAGCAAAGAUCUAAAAGUGAAGAGGAUCACUCCAAGGCAUCUGCAGUUGGCUAUCAGAGGGGAUGAAGAACUUGACACUCUCAUCAAGGGCACCAUUGCUGGAGGUGGUGUCAUUCCUCACAUUCACAAAUCCCUCAUUAACAAAACCACUAAAGAAUGAGCUCAAUCUGUUAGAUCUCAAUUGGUGUUAAUUGGAUUACUGUGUUUAUUAAUGACUUUUAGGCUUUGGGUACUGUUGACUUGGUUUGUUGUGCUAUGUUUGUUCAGAGGAUCCAUGGUAGCAUGUAGUGGUUGCUUUCUCAGAUAGUUUGGUAACUAAACUAGUAUUUCUGUUUAUUAGAACUUUUGUGUGGUUCCUA